CUCCUCCUCCUCUCGGGUUCCUCUUGUCGGCACCAUGUCGAAGAACAUCCGCCCGAAGGACCUGAACCACGACAAUGCCGACGGUAGCGGCCGUCGGUUCCGGUACACGACCUUUGCCGAGCGCGUCACCGGCGUCGACCUGGCCACCAUCCAGCGCUCCCAGCUUCGUGUGGACAAGGAUCUCAUCAAGGAUAACGACUCGCUCCUGUGCCACAAGCUCACCGAGUGGCGGGAGCUCGACUGCUCGACUGCCUUCUCCAACUUCUCGCGCGAGCUGAUGCCCCUGUGCGGGUCGCUGCCGCUGGUGCUCUUCAACCGGGAGCGCAUCGUCGAGUGCUUCGAGAAGCACCUGGCCGUGCCGGACUCGCUGGCCAUUCGGCCGGUGUCCACCCUGGUGACCUACUUCGCCUUCGAUCUGCAGGACGAGUUCCUGCCGCUCUUCCCGCGCAUCUUCACCGCCCUGGUGGCCCUGCUGGAGAUCACCGAAUCCGAGGUGGUCGAGCAGUAUGUGCGCCGCUUCGCGGCCGAGUCGUUCGCCUUCCUGUUCCGCCGGCUGCCGGCCGACAAGGCGGCCCUCGUGCUGGACCUCCUGCUGGCCGAGAUGCCGGCCAACAAGGCGGCCAAUCGCCGCCAGACCCCCCUGGCCACCGGCCAGUCUGCGGCCACCCUCGGCAGCCUCACCUCCAUGGAGGCCCUGGCCGCCUUGAGCCCGCAAGCUUCGGACUUUGACGAGAGCCUCUGCUUCCUCUUCUUCGACGUGAUCAAGGGUGUCCCCGGCCGCCUGCACUCCCGCGGCACGGAUACCCUUGUCAUGCUGCUCGACCGACUGGACCAACUCUGGACCGAGGACCUGGCGCGUGCCGAGCGCUUCAAGGCCGUGCUCAUCGGGCUGAAUGUCCUCCUGUGCGGGCACUCCGAGCGCGAGCACUCGCAGGUGGCCAUCCAGGUGUAUCUGGACCGCCUGGCCGACCUGGGCAGCCUUGGCGAGACCUCCCUGGCGGCCGGCACCCGGUACGCCGUCUGCAUGCGCCUCCUGUCGGUCUGGCUCUCCGGCCGUGGCGGCCAGCGUGUCGAUGACUGGGCGGCCAUUUGCUCCGGGGUCCUGGCGCCAUCGCGCGCGGUGCUCCUUGCCUGGUCGGCUCCCGACGCCUCGGCCACCCUCCUGGAUGGGCCGGCCUCCCCGGGGCAGGUGUUCGUCGCCUUUGCCGGGGUCCUGGCGGCGGUGCUGCGCUUUGCCGGGGAUCUCCCCCGCGCGGCCAUCUCCCCGCUAGCCAGCCUGCUCUUCACCCUGCCUCUCGGCAUUUCGCUGGCCGUCUGCCGGUCGGUCCUGGAGGCGGACCACUUCUUCCAGCAUGCCCUCGGCCCGUGCAUGCAGGCCACGGCCGCGGCCCUGUUCGGCCCGGCCCCGGAGGCCGCCAUGCAGGCGACCGCCUUCCUGGCCGAGGUGCUGCCGCUGCUGCUGGAGGAUCCUCGGGCGGAGGGGAUUCUGACGCGCACGCCGGCCGGCCUGGUCCGGCUGCCGCCGGUCCCGGGGCGCGUGCGCGCCGGCGAGGACCACUUCCCGGAGCACUGGCGUGAGACGUGCAGCCCGGCCAGCUGGCCCGGGCUCGACCGGGCCGAGCUGCCCGGCGCCUGUGCCACGGUCGUCGCCAUCAGCACGCUCCUUCGUCGGCUGGACCUCGGGCCGGGUGCCACCGGGGCCGGGGUGCUGGACGCCCUGCUGGGGGCCGUGAUCGGGCAUCUGCCGCGCGCGGCCGGCGCCCCGGGGCUGCCCUAUUCCGGCGUCGUGAGCCUGGGCCUGUUGGACCCGGUGGACGCGUGUCUCCUGCACACGGCGGCACAUCUGAUGGAAACCCUGGGCCACCUUCAGGCCGGCCUGGGGAAGGAGGCUGCCCUGCAUGAUCGCCAGUGGUUUGGCCAGCUGUUCCAGCUGGCCCCGGUGUGCUACACCUCCGGGCCGCUGUUGGCCGGGCUGGUGGCCGUGCUGCAGCCGCUGGCGGUGUCCGAUGACGAGUCGGAGGCCGGGGGUGCCCUGCCUGCGGGGGUCCUGGCCACCUUGCCGGGGCUGGUGGAGCCGCCGGCCCCCGGGGCCCCGGUCGAGGCCCCGGAGCUGACGCCCCUCGGCACGGUCAUCCUGCAGAUGGGCGCCUCCUUCGACACGUUGACCCGGGUGUCGGCGCUGCGGCUGCUGCGGCUGCUGGCGCCGGGGCUGCUGGGCCCGGCUGCCGGGCCGGAUGCCGCCACCACCGUGGCCACUCUCCUGGCCCGGCUGCUGGCCGUGGAGGCCAUUCCCCUGGACUUGAGCACGCACCGUGAGCGCCUGCUGGAGCAGGAUGCCCUGGGGCGCUAUUGCGCCGGGGCCCGGCUGCCGGCCCCCUUUGACCGGCUGCCGACGCUCUUCCUCCUCUCGCAGAUGGCCGUCAAUUUGCGGCUCAUCUGGCCCAACACGCGCGAGCACCUGGCCCGCGAGGCGGCCACCCGGCCGGGGCCCUUUGCGAUGGUGGUGGCCGCGGCCCUGGAGCAGGCCCGCGCGUCGGCCAUCGAGGCCGCGUCGCUGUCCGGCGCAUCGGCCGGCUUCACCGGGGCCUUCCUCCCGGUGCUGGGUCUGGCCGAGGAGCCGUGCCUGGCGGCCCCGGCCCCGGGGCAGGUGGUGCGAGCCCCGCGCCGCGACCACCGGACCACCAUCAACCCGCGCUUCGAGAUCGUGGACACCUUCACCGAUGGGCAUGUCCGUGCGCUGGCGGCCAGCGUGCGCUUGCUGCUGGCCCCGCCGGUGGCCCUGGCCUUGCACCUGAAUGGUCGGAUGGUGGCCACGGUGACCGGCUCGCGGCUGGACUUCGCCGCCUUCGAGGUCCGGCUGUGGGACAUGUUGCAGGAGGCCACCUCGGCGGCCGAGCGCAUUGGCCGGUCCCUGGUGCCGCUGAUGCUGGCCACCAUGGACAAGUACCUGGAGGUGUCGUCCCUGCUGCAGGACGCGUCCCCGGCUGCGGCCGCGGGCGCCACCGCCGCCUCCACCGACAAGGAUGCCGAGGAGGAUGCCGAGGAGGAUGCCGACGAGGAGGAGGAGGACCUGUCCGCCACCAUGGAGGUCGAUUCCUCGGCGCCGGCGGCCUCCCCGGAGGAGGCCGACUUUGUCGAUGCCCCGGAGAUGGCCCCCAUCGAGGGCGCGCCGGUGGACGCGGGCACGGGCCCGGCGCACCUGCGGGCCCCGCACCGGCGUCACAUGGGCCCGCUGUUGGAGGCGCAUUUGGCCUUCCUGGCGCGCUUCCGCGCCGUGCGAUCGGUCUUCCAGGGUGAGGCCCUGCGCGAGCGGGUGCUGCUGCUCCUGUGCCAGGGCGAUGCCCGGGUGCAGCAGGCGGCCCUGGAGGCCCUGCUGCGCUGGCGCCCGCUGAACCUCGACCGGUAUGCCGAUGCCAUCGGGUCGCUGAUCCAUGAGAAGCGCUUCCGCGGGGAGCUCAGCCAAUUGAUGGCCUGCCUGUGUGAUGAGCACUUUGUCCGGCACAAGCGCGUGAAGACCGACAACCGGGUCGAGAAGUACGGGUCCUUCGGGACCACGGGCCUCGAGCCGGCCGACCGUCGGGUGGUCAUGGAGGUGGUGCUGCGGGUGCUCUUCGGCAAGCUCUUCGCUCGGGAUGGCCGGGCCAAGAAGGCGCUGGCCGGGCGGCGCGUGGCCAUCCUGGCCCUGCUGGCCCAGGGGUGCACCCCGGAGGAGCAUGCCCUCUUUGUGGGGCUCAUGGUGCGGCCCUUCCUGCGUGGAUCGGCCGACGACCCGGCCCGGGCCCUCUUCACCGGGCCGGAGCACUGGCCCACGCCGGAGCAGCUGACCUUCCCGCCGUCGGCCGAUGCGAAGUCCCACUGGCCCACGCCGGAGCAGCUGACCUUCCCGCCGUCGGCCGAUGCGAAGUCCGUGCCGCUGGUGGCCACCGCCCCGCGGGCCCUGCAAACCGGCUUCCUGUCCACGGCCGGGUCGUUGCUGGAGCAGCUGGCCGGCCGGGCCCAGGGCUUCAUGCCGCUCUUCAUGGCCCUCUUCCUGGCCAUCGGCCAGGGGAAGCUGCACCACCCGGCGGCCGGGCACGCGGUGCCGGAUCUGCCGCUGGAGCAGCUGGUCCUCCGCCGGCUGGCCGCCGUGACCACGCAAAUCCCGGGCUUCGACUAUUCGCCCUAUGUGGCCACCAUCCAUGCCGGGCUGGUGACCCCGCGAUUGGAGCUCUUCACCCAGGGCCGCGGCUUGCAGCAUCGGGUGGGUCUGCUGGAGCUGCUCCGGGCAUGGUCGUCGCAGGCUUCCUGCGCGGCCUUCCUCGGCCCGGAUUACAGCCCGACCUUGCUGCCGACCUUGGUGGGGCUGCUGUCGCACCCGCAGGCCUCGGUCGAGGUGCUGCAGGCCAUCAUCGACAUCGUGGCCAACCUGGUGGCCGUGGCUUCCUGCGCGGCCUUCCUCGGCCCGGAUUACAGCCCGACCUUGCUGCCGACCUUGGUGGGGCUGCUGUCGCACCCGCAGGCCUCGGUCGAGGUGCUGCAGGCCAUCAUCGACAUCGUGGCCAACCUGGUGGCCGUGGUGGAUGGCCAGGCCCCGGCCGACUUGUCCGAUGGCAAGGCAACCAUGCAGCGGGAGCUGCGCGCGGCCCAGGCCGCCAUGCUCCAGCCUGCCGGGGCCGAUGCCGGCACCGUGGCGACCGAGUCGGGCCCGGUGGCGGCGGCCCGGCGUGCUUUGCUGGCCGUGGUGCCGGACUUCCUGCACCAUGUGCACCUCCUGCUGCAGCGGACGCUGGCUCGCGACCCGGGGGCCCGGCAGCGCGUGCGUGCCGAGCGCAUUUCGGCCUUCGCCCACGCGCGUGCGGGCAUGGCGGCCGCUUCGACCCUGGCCGAUGGCGGCCUGUCGGAUGACCAUCUUGGGCGGAUUUUGUCGAUCCUGGCCCGGCUGAGCCGCGGCCUCGGGGUGGCGACCGCCGGCGCGGCGCCCGGCUCGGCAUCCGGCAUCACCGAUUCCACGGAGCUCGUGGCCCUGAUGUCGGUGCUGGCCGUGCGGCCCAGCGCGCGGCUCUCCGAGUCGGCCAUGGAGUCGGUGCUGGAGGUGGUGUCCAAUCUCCUGCCGGGGGUGCACCUGGCGCGCCUGGGCGACCGGCUGGCGGAGAUGCGCGGCGCGGUGGCCGCCCCGGCCGAGUGCCCCAGCCGCCGGGUGGAGAACUACUCGGCGCGGGCCCGCGCGGCGCUGGGGGCCCCGGCCAUCGACGCUUCGGUGCCGGUGACCGCCGGCCGGCCGGCCGCCGAAAUGGGCCACCCCCUGUCGGACCUGCUGGCGCCGCUGUUUGCCUCGCUGCGGACGCUGCCCACGCGGGCGGCCCUCUGUCGGGUGUUCGUGACCAUGGCCGAUGCGGUGCCCAGCAUGGGCCCGCUGGCGGCGGCCCUGGUGGAUUUGCACACGGCCGACGCCCAGUUCCUGGAUGUGGUGGACUGGGAGCGCCGGGCUUCCGGCUUCCGGGCCCUGCGUGAGCAGGUCAUGCCGACGGCCCCGGCCGCGGUUUUGGCCCCGGCCCUGCAUGCGUUGUCCUUCUUCCUGCGCGAUGUGGAUGACUAUUCCCUCCGGUCGAAUGCCAGUCUCUGCUGGAGUGCCCUCCUGCAGCGGAUCCAGGCCGGGGCUCAUGUGGGAUGUGCGACGCACAGCCCGGCCGAGCAGCACCACCUGGAGCUGCUGCUGCUGACGGUCUUCAUGGCCGGCAUCCGCCGGGCCAUUCGCUUCUCCAAGGAGGCCGUGCAGCAGGAGUUCCUGCAGCUGCUGGGUCAGGCGGUCAACCUGCUUGGCCGGCAUAUGCCGUACUUCUUCUCGCUCUUCCACCUGCAGUUCAGCGCGGCCACCGUGCGCAAGCGCCGUCGCCAGCAGGAGGAGGAUGAGGCGGAGGCGGAGGCCGAGACCGAGGCGGAGGCCGAAGCCCCCACCGCGGCCGAGGGCUCUGACGGCGCUCUCCUGGGCGGAUCCGUGCCGCUGUUGCUCGGGUCCGAGGAGGCGCUGGCUGCUUCGGCGGGUGGCGACGCCCUGGAGGGCAGCUUCUUCGAGAAUGUCUUCCACCUGCAGGCGUCUCGGCGGACGCAGGCCCUGCGCCAGCUGCGCCAGUCCCUGCGCGAGAAUGACACCCCCGCGGAGGCCCUCAUCGGGGCCACUCCGCCGGAGGAGGGGGCCCUGCUGCGGGUCCGUGUGGACCUGGGCUUCCUCAAUGAGUUGAUGGCUCCGCUGGCCGUGCGCCUGGCAUUGGAAAGCAUGGACGCCAGCCUGCAGGAUGAGGCCAUCGCCCUGUUGGGCGCCAUUGCCGGGCACCUGCCGCUGGACAAGUUUGUCUUCCUCUUCUGCGACAUUUCCGGGCGCUUCGAUCGCCCGGCGGCCAAGACCCGCCUGCUGAUCCGCAUGCUGGUGACCGUGGUGGAUGCCUUCCACUUCACGGUGGGCGAGCUGGACCCCGCGGUCCUGGCGGCCGAGGGGGCCAUCGUCGAUGGCGAGCCCGGCGACGGGGAUGAAGGUGGCCCCGAGUCCGAGGACGAGGGCGACGACGGGCCGGAGGGCGGCGACCCGGGUCCGCAGGGCCCGACCGACAAGGCGCCCGGUGCCGAGCUCGACUCGGACAACGACGAGUCGGAUGACGAGCCGGAGAGCGCCGGGUCCAAGGGGCCCGCGACCGCCGGCGAUGCCGGGGCCAAGGGGCCCAAGUCGCGGAAGGCCUCGCCGGCCGAGGCGAUCCUCCGUCCGGCGGCGGUCCUGUCGCGCGAGGCCCUCCUCCGCCUGGAGGAGCCGGCGCGCGUGCACUACUCCAUCACGGCGACCCUGCUGCCGCGGCUGUAUCGACUGGUGACGCGUGGCGCGGCGACCGCCAUCGCGGCCGGGACCGGUGCGCGGAGCAAGGCCGCCGCGGCCGCGGCCCUGGGCGGCUCCAAUUCCACGGUGUCCUCGACGUCCAUGAUGUCGAUCGCGGACAAUUCCACCUCGGUGCGGGCGGACGCGGUGACGCGCCUGCCGCUGGCCCUGUCGGCGGUGAAGCUGAUGCGUGCCCUGCCGGAGAGUGCCAUGGCCACGCGGCUGCCCUCGGUGCUGGCCACCCUGUCGGCGCUGAUGCGGUCCAAGGAUGAGGCCGCGCGUGACACCACCCGCAAGACCCUGGUGGCGGUGGCCCGGCUGCUGGGCCCCCGGUACCUGGUGUCGAUUGUGUGCGACUUGUCCUCGGCCCUGCGCCGGGGGUAUCAGGUGCAUGUGCUCGGGUUCACGGUGUACACCCUGAUGGAGGCCAUGAUGCCGUCCCUGUCGCCGAUGCGCGUGGUGCCGGAGCUGGUGGAGGAGCUGGCGCGCAUUUUCACGGCCGACGUCAGCGGUCUGCUGGCCGAGGAGAAGGACGUGGCCGGCCUGGCGGCCAAGGGCAUCGAGAGCCGCGUGUCCCGGGCCCCGGAGGGCUUCGGCCUGAUCGGGCGUCUGGUGGUGCCGGAGACCGUGCUGCUGGCCCUGGGUCCGGUGUGCGAUGUGCUGGCCAGUGUGGAAGACUCGCGGACCAAUCGCCGGGUGGAGGCCCUCCUCCGGCGGCUGAUCGCCGGCAUCGUGCAGAACCGGCACUUCCCCCGGCGCGAGGCCCUGGUGCUGGCGCACUCGUUGAUCGUUCGCCGGUCGCCGGUAUUUACGCACACCCAGCGCAUGACGGCCGCGGCGCAGGCCACUCGGGCCGGGCCGCGGCGCAACCGCGACCAGGACCUGGACCCGGAUUCGGACAUCCGUGGCCAGGGGGUCGGCAGCACGGCCUUCGGCAUUUCCGCCCGCCAUGAGCAGACCUUCCUGGUGCAGUCGCUCAAUCGGCCGGAUGCCGAGCGUGAUGCCGGGCUGUCCCAUGGUGAGGCGGCUGUUCGGCGCUUCGCCGCCAAUGCCCACCUGUUCACGGAUGCCGGGCUGGGCCUGGUGACGGCCGUCAUCAAGAGCCAGCAUUCGGAGCGCAUGCGCGCGUCGGCAGCCGACCGGGCCGCCGCCGCCGCGGCCUCCGGCCCGAAGGUCUCGCGUGCCGGCGAUGAUGAUGGGCCGGCCUCGGCGGAGCCCGACCAUGUGUCGCAUGAGACCGCCGACCUGGAGGCCGCCGAGUCGGAAGCCGCCGAGAUGGAGACCGCCGACCCGGAGGCGGUGGCCCGGCGUGCGGCCCGCAUGGCCGAGGAUGUGGCCCUGCUGGACCCGUUUGUCGAGCCGCUGCUGGGGUUCCUGUCGGCCCGGCGGAACCGCCUCCUGCCGCCGGCCCUGACGGUGUCCUCGCGGCUGCUGCAAUUGCCGCUGCCCUCGCUGGAUGGGCGCCAUGAGACCGCCUACGCGGAGAAGCUCUUCCAGAUUGUGCUGGACAGCCCGUCCACCGGGGACGAGGUGGCCCUGGCGGCGCUGCGGGCCUUGACGCUGGUGGUCCGCCACCGGCCCAAGGCCAUCGUCGACCCGGGCAAGCUGGAGCGUGUCAUCGCCGUGGUGUCGCCGGAGUUGGAGAGCGCCGAUCCGCGUGUCCAUGGCGCGGCCUUCCCCUUCUUCCGGGCGUUGCUGGCCCGGCGGGUGGUGUCGCCCGGCAUGGAGGCCACGGUGGACCAGCUGUCGCGGCUGCUGGUGGUGUCGCCGGAGCAAAGUGUGCGCAGUGCCUCGCGGCAGUUGCUCCUGCGCUUUGUGCUGGAUUACCCGCUGCCGGCCGGGCGCCUGGCCGGGCUGCUGCACUGGCUGGUGGAGCAGCUGGCCUAUGAAUUCGAGCUGGGCCGGCUGUCGGUCAUCCAGCUGCACAUGGACUUCAUGCGGUUCCUGCCGGCGGCCACGGUGCAGGCCAAUGCCCUGCUUUGGCUGCUGCCGCUUGUGUUUGCCCAUGUCGGCGAUCAGGCCACCCAGUGCCGUGCCCUGGCCGGGGCGGUGAUCGGCGCGCUGGUUGCCCGGCUGGAGCCGCGGCCGCUGGACCAGGUGCUGGCGCUGCUGCGGAGUUGGCUGGCCGGUGGCCGGCCGGCUCCGGCCCGGUCGGCCCUCGAUGGGGCCCCCCGGCUGUCGGCCCUGACCCCGGCCCCGGCGAACCCGGAGCUGGCGCGCGCCGGGGCCCAGCUUGCCGGGCUGCUGAAUGACGCCCUGGGCGAUCGGUUCCAGGGGUCGGCCGCCAUCAUGGCGCCUCUUCUGCUGGACCGGCUGGUGGAGCUGCUGACCGGGCCGCGCAGUCGCCAGGUGGAUGCCAUCUGGCAGACGGUUUACUCGAUUCUCGGGGCGCUGAUGAAGCUGCUGCGGGAUCACCCGCAGCGUGUGGGCCCGCGCCUGCACUGGCCGCUGCUGCUGCAGACGGAUGUCCUGCGCCGGGGCCUGCUCUUCCCCCAUGCGUGGGUGCGCAAGGCCACCGCGCGCCUGGUCGGCCAGUUGCUGGCCAUGGCGGAUGCCGAGUCGCUGGUCAUUCGUGAUGCCUUGGCGGCCCAUGUGGCGGCCUCGGCUGCGGCUGUGGCUGCGGCCGAUGUGUCGGCCUCGGCCCCGGCCCCGGCGACGACCGGCUCCUCCACCCCGGACGAGGGGGCGCCCGUGCGGUCGAAGCGUGCUCAGAAGCGCGCCCGUGCGGCCCAGCAGGCCAAGAGCCUGGAGGGGGAGGAGGCGGCCCCGGCGGCGGCGGCCCCGGCGGCGGCCCCGCUGCCUCCCCUGCCGGCUCCGACGCUGCUGCCGCUGGUGGUGUCGCUGGCGCGAUUCUCCCUGCGUCAGUUGUACUCGGACAACCUGGACAGCGAGCAUGGGGACCAGAUUGUGCGCAAUCUCUUCUUCCUGUCGCGAGUGCUGUACCAGCAUGGGGACCUGGUGUCGGCGGAUGCGGCCCGGCGUGAGGCCGAGGCGGCGACCUCCACCCCGUCGGCCGACGGGGCGGACUCCGACGAUGCGGACUCCGACGACGAGGCCCUGUCCGGCCUGCAGGAGGAGGAGGACUCCGCCGGGGCCGGGGACGAUGGCCUGGGCUCUGCCUCGCGGCGGGUGGACCGCCAAGAGGACUACUCGCUGGCCAGCCUGACUGCCGGGGAGUCGGGUGCCUCGGACAAUGACGCCGACGGCGCCGACAAUGAUGACCCGCUGCCGGCUCCCUCGGCCUCGUCGCUGGCUCUACGGGCGGCGAUGGCCGAGCGCGGCCCGGCGGCCAAGCGCCACCGUGGCCACGCGGCCGGGUCCUCCGAGGAGGAGGCCGAUGCCCAGGAGGCCGACGCCCCGGCGGCGGACAUCAUGUCCUCGCUGCUGGUGUCCGAGGAGGAUCGCCAGCGUUUCGUCUUCGGCAGCUGCUCGUCGGCCUCGUUGCUGUGGCUCUUCCGGCGGAUGUGCCAGAUUGCCCGCCGCGAGCACCUGACCAACCGCAGCACGAAGAAGCGCACGCUCGUCUUCAAGUGGAUCGCCGCGGUCUUCCAGAUCCUCUCGCCAGAGGAUCGCACCCUGCUGGCGCCGAUGGCCCUGCUGCCGAUUGUCCGUGUGAUCUCCCUCUCGGCGGACACCCUGCCCGGUGGGCCGGACCUGCCCCAGCGCCGGGCCGAGCACACGACCCUGCAGCGCCUGGCCGAGGAGGUGCGCGGCCUGCUGCGGACUUCGGUCGGCGGGGCGGACACCUUCGUCGAGCUGCACGAUGCCACCCUCAGAUACCUGCAGGCCCUGCGCCUGGACCGUCGUCGGCGCACCCGGCAGCUGGCCAUCCUCCGGCCGGAGGUGGUGGCUCAGCGCCGCGAGCGUCGCAACGAGCGCACCCGCCAGUCCAAGCGGUCGCUGUCCGAGGCGCGCCAGCUGCGCCGGCCCACCGGCCACCGGAUCAAGCUCACUUCCUCCAUGCCGGGGUCCGGAGUCCAUGGCGAGAGCCUGUGA